AGUUUUCCAUCAAUUACCCGCGAUGGAGGGCCACAAAGUCCUGACGCUUCUUCUCUUCGGAGUCCUGGUCGUGUCAGUGUCUGCCAUGGACGAGGAGAUGGCUGAGCUAGCCAAGAUGAUCCGAGACAACUGCGGUGCCGAGACCGAAGUGGACAUGGGGCUGAUCGACCAAGUGAACGGAGGAGCUGACUUGAUGCCAGACGGGAAGCUCAAGUGCUACAUCAAGUGCGUGAUGGAAACAGCCGGGAUGAUGUCAGAAGGCGAGGUGGAUGUUGAAGCAGUACUCGCGCUGCUUCCAGAAGACUUUAAGGCCAAGAAUGAGAAGAGUUUGAGGGCGUGCGGGACACAGAAGGGGGCUGAUGACUGUGACACGGCGUUUCAGACCCAGGCCUGCUGGCAGAAGGCUAAUAAGGCAGAUUACUUUUUAGUUUAGGUUUCUGUGUGUAGGUAGGAUUGACCUGUAUCGUUGUUAGUUUCAUUUAACUUCUAGUGUAGUUGUAACUGUGUUACAGUUGGUGUAGUUAUUUGUAGUUGUUAUUUUAAAUAGUAAAAAGUGUAGAUUAAUUUAUUACUUAGACAUUUUUUACAAUAGUAUUUUGCAUUAAGGUGCUUCUAUUUCAUUUAGUAUUAUAGCAGUAGGUUUUGUGGUAGGUGAUUUAUUAAACUAUUAUGCAGGCAGAUAAAA